AUGUCGGGUAGCGGAAGCUGUACCAGUUCUCACUGCGCUCAAUCUUAUCUACGAUACCCUGUGCCCGCCUCGCUUCAACACGCGCGUCUGUGGCUUGGGGCUAUCUUCAAAGUCGUCUUUGCCAACAUGGCCGGAAAGCUAUCUAAUCAUGACGCACUCGGUAUACCACCCUUAAUUGAUGGCUUCUCCGUUCAUACAUGCCACAGAGUCUUUCAAAGAAUUCGUUCAAUCUUCAAGGAGUUUGUUGUUUAUCUCAGGCCUCCUAAAGUGAUCUUGUGCAUAGCCUCUAGUUUUAACCUCCUCCAGCGGGAUUAUAUAAUGGGAUCAGUGUGGUUAAUCGGUAGGAGUGUCGCCAAAUGCAGCUCGUCGCCUAUUUCCCGUCGUUCACCACAGCCUCAGAUGAAACCCCACACUUUAUACCUCAAACCAACCCAAAUUGAGGACUUCCUUGCAGUUCUAAAACAAGAACAAGCAAUUUCAGUGGUAGGAUUCCAAGAUUCAAGGUGGUCUCCAGGAACCGAAUACGAAGUGCCACUCCAGAGCGCGCAGAUCAAAGUGCCUAACACAACACCAACAAAAUUUUUAUAUCUUCUCCACUGGUUGUUUAAAGCGCAUGCCAAGGCGACCACCAUGACGUCGACUGACCACUGUCGUGGAAAUGAGUACCACACUUCAGAAAUCUCGCAAUAUCUCUCACAAUCUCGGGAAACUCAGGCCUUUAAGGGCCCCGCCCAACAACAUUCAUCACCUUUACCGCCACCGCUCAUCCAUUCGAAAAUUUGUUUUCCUAACUGGACUAGCAUGAAAUUUUCCCUUUGGAACGCGCUUUACGAUACAGAAUACAGCACCCUCUUCGAAUCCAUACAGAUGGUAGCAACUUGGCAAUUCUGGGAGUGGGACCUCGCCGACUACGUUGCUAUUUCGGCUCAAACCCGACUGGCAUACCGCACUUUACGAGAUAAACUCAUAGAUCUCUACGCAGAGAGUAUUAGUAUUCGUACGACAACGUGGCUGCCCUUUGGAGAUAAUCUAUCUGGCCGCGAAGCUGACAUGUGGUCGCCACACGGCCCGAAUUGCAUUACGGAAUGUCGAUUGAUAAACCGUCUUCUAUGUGAGCUCACUCGAUCAUCGGACUGGGAGGGAAUGUUGUAUUCCCAGCUGAUCUUAGAUAUUCGGCAGGAAUGCAUUGUGCAUAGGCUGUGGGACAUGUUGACUCCACAGCCCGAGAAUAGUAGGGUUAGGGUGUUGUUUUGCUUACCCCACACCGCGGCAUGCCUGCUUGAAGGCGUCUUCAGUAUGUUCUUCCACUUGGCUGCUCUAUCCCCGAGAAUGAUACAAGUCCUCAAAACGAAGUUGAACAGCGAAGCUACGAGACGCGCGAAUUUUAUGCAAGUUCUUCCGUUAAACAUCUCUACUUCUGUGAUUCCCAUUCUCUUUAACUACGUCCUUGAACUCCUAUUAAUUUCAACAAUUAGCACGCAAUUUGCGAAGAACGCCACACUCGCUACAAACGCAACACCAUUCGUCCAUCACCACACGUGGCGUCUGCACCAAUACUCGCCCUCCUUCAGCCUUGUACUGAGCUUAGGAACCUCGUGCCCGCGCUUCCGCGACUUCACUUCCCUCUUCGCUCCUUCACCGUCGAAUAUUUUGUCGUUUCCGAGAGUUUGGAGAGUGUUUGCUUCUGGAUACGAAACAGCCAAGGGCAUCUCUAUUACCCCUCGAAAAGCUGCGUUCUUCAAUCAAAGUCCUCGAAACCCGCUAAACAUCGAAUAA